AUGGAUUCCAAUCCAUCGAAGUCCACUGGGCCGGAAACGGUAUUCCUUUCCACGAUAGCCAACUCCGCUGGGAAUGACGGUGUUUUCAUUGUAUCGCCACCGGAUCGGAGAACAGAAAUGGCCGCGCCGAUCCAUUCCUCCGAGCCUAAGCCAAUGACCGACCCUUUGAAGCCCUUGAAGCCAUUGCCUUUCCGGAAGCGAAAGCGAGCUUCAGAAGUACCAACUUCCACUCUUCAGCCAUUGAACGAAGACCCUUGGGCGGCAUAUGUCAAAGGCAUCGAGAUUCUUCCGCGGAAGGGGAUGCUUUUGGCCCAGAAUAGGGAGGACAAAAUGGAGUUGGUCCACAUAGAACAGCUCAAAGCGGAUCCAGCAUCGAUACGGUCUCUGGUGGAAAUCAUCAAAGGCCUCUCUUACCGCAGUUUCCCACAACUCCUGCGCCACUACCAACAUGAUGAUCACACGUUCUUGGUGUGGGAGUCGGUCGAAUGCUCCUUGUCCCAAGUCCUGGGAUCCAGGUACGCCCUCACCGAAACUGAAAUCGCCUCGAUUGUAUGGCCAAUCCUUAUUGGAAUCAGGUACCUCCGCAAUUCCGAUAGAGCGCUUGCCACACUCACCAACGAUGAGGUCCUUUUUACGGGAUCCGGUGGGGUCAGGAUCGCCUCUGAUGCCAGUGUCGUGACAGCUGGCGUGGAACGUAGUUGUCGUAUCGAUCCCGAAGACAUGAAUGCAGCUACGCUGAAGCUGACGGCAUUGUCGGAGAUGGUCAAAAGUUUGAUGAGAAAGAGCGAAAAAAUUCAUCCUGAUUUUCCAUGGACCUCAAAAGCGCGAGAUCUGCCACACAAGUUGAACACGGUUGGAUUAGACGACUUGAUGCUGGACGACUUUUUUGCCUCUUUGAAAGGCGAGGCAGAAUUAAAGCUCAUGGUUAACAUCGUAUGCAAAACCUCGCACUUCGAUAUCAACUUUCUAACACGCAUUUGA